GCCACCAACAAACACACACAAACAGAGACACCUGUACACACACACAGACAUGUACAUACACACACAGAAACAUGUACACACACGCACAGAGACACAUGUACACACACACAUACAAACACAUGUAUACACACACAGACACGUACAGACAUGCAUACACAGAAACACACGCACAGACACAUGUACAUACAUACACAGACACAUGUACGUACAUACACAGACACAUGUACGUACACACACAGACACAUGUACGUACAUACACACAAACACACACAUGUACAGAUACACACAUGUACAUACACACAGACACAUGUACAUGCAUACACAGACACAUGUACACGUACACACACACACACAACACCCCCCCAUAAAAAGUUGCAGUACUUUGUUGUUCACUCACAGAGCCGGGUACUGCACUCUAGGGGGAGGCAGAGAGCACAGCACACACUCCUUGCUUUGCUUUCACUGCGCUCAGCUACUGAGCAGUCUGACGGCUCCCAGUGCCAAUGACAGAUCCGGCCUGAGCUCCGAGCCUGCUCAGUAAGAUGGCCCUGGGGGAAACACUUGCCCCCACCAAAAGUUCCACUCGCCACUGGCGAGCAGGCGAGUGGAAAUUUCAAGC